AUGGUUGGUGUAUAUGGCAUAGGAGGGGUUGGAAAGACAACCUUGAUGAAAGAAGUGGCUAAAAAUAUGACGAAAGAUGGGCUUUUUGAUCAGGUUGUGAUGGUCACUGUGUCUCAAGAACCAGUCUUGAAGAAGAUCCAAGGUGAAAUUGGAGAGAACUUGGGACUAACACUUUCAGAAGAGUCCUUAGAUGUGAGAGCAAGGCGUUUAUUGGAGAGAUUGAAGAAGGAGAAACGAAUCCUCAUAGUCUUAGAUGAUUUGUGGAAGCCAUUAAAUUUACCAGAGGAGCUAGGAAUUCCCUGUGAAAGCAGCUGCAACGUAGUUCUCGCGACAAGACAGCUCCAAGUGUGUAGACAAAUGGGGACCCAAUUGAACGUUGAACUAAAAGUUUUAUCAGAAGGAGAUGCGUGGAUUCUAUUCAAAUGGGCUGCUGGGGAUUGUCUAGUAGAGGACAAUGAUACGUUGUGUGAAGUGGCAAAUCAAGUUGUUAGAGAAUGCGGGGGUUUGCCCUUAGCAAUCGUUACAAUUGGUAAGGCGCUGCAAACUAAGGACAUAUCUGUGUGGAAAGAUGCGGCGAGCCAACUCAAGAUGUCAAGAUCAUCAUCACCUGAAGGAUGCAAGGAAUAG